AUGUUCUCCGGGGAAUGGACGCCGCCGUGCGGCAGCUGCUGCACCAAGAAGUACGCGACGCUCGUACAAAUCCCAUGGAGGGUGUUCUGCAAGAAGGGGUGCAACGCGGACGGAGACACCUGGGAGGAGUGCAUAGGCAAAUGCACUGAGAUAUGCUACAAAGAUCCAGUGUUGGAAGAUCGCCAGUGGAGCGCUUACAUCGAUCGGUCGCCAGGAGAGGACAGUUACUCCUUGGAGUGCUUCAAUGCUUGUAUUUCUGGAUGUGGAUACAGGUUUGAUGUACCAGCGGAGAAAGUCGGGCAAAUCAAGCCGAACAGACCUUCCAAGCCACCACCUCCUGUGGUAGAACAGGCACAGGCUACUGGUUCAGAACCUGUGGUGAAGGGCGAAGACAAUGUGCCUGGGACAUCAGCGUAGCUUAUGGGUCCCAAAAUUUUGUAAACCUGAGAUUGUCGCCGAUUUUCUAGGUUGCGAUGUAUGCUUCAAAUAUUUAGUCCGACUCAUCCUGGGCUAAGAUGCUAACUGGGGUAUAUGGAGGAAAUGUUUUAAUCCCAUUGCAAUCU